GAGUUAAUCAACAGACAGUAUGGGAUGUGGCCGCAUUAUUGGGCCAGUUAGAUGAAUUGGGAGCAACGGUAUCGGCUGGGCAGAAACCAGUUAGAGCCAUAGCAGGGCAUACCAUACAAAGAGUAAGCCGUUCAAAAAUGGUGCGUGAUCUGAUAGAAGCAGGAAUAAAAAAAACGGAAAUCGAUGGUAAACCAACAGGGGAAAUUUUUCAGAAAUGGCAAGCUAUGCGAAAGUCUAAAAAAGACGAAGGCAGGAUCCCUCCAACCGCACCGCCUAAUGAGGAGGAAACAAAAUACUCCGAACAUAAACCGAAACGUUUCUUUAACUUUUGGAACGAAUGGCGUACACCUCGCCCAACAUAUUGAGGAGAUGGCAGGUCUCCUGCAGGCGGGGAGGUACGGCUCAUUCAUGCAGGAGACCGAUGCCCGUACGUCCCGCUAACUAUUUACUGGGGUAAACGGAAAAAACCACAUCAGGUUAUGGCACUUAUGGAUACUGGGGCAGAAGUUACUUUAAUUCACGGGAAUCCACAUAACUAUUCCGGACCAAUUGUUAAUGUAAACGGAUACGGAGGCUCAGAUAUCCAGGCGAAACUAAUCACAGUACACUUAGCAAUAGGAAAGUCACCCUCUUUUAAAGCUAAGGUGCUUGUCUCAGAAUUGCCUGAAUAUAUACUGGGGAUAGAUAUUCUUACAGGAAAGGCAUUCCAAACAAAAUGGGGAACAUUUUCUUUUGGGAUUCGUAAUGUCAUGUGUAGAAUAGUAAAAGCAAUAGUAAGAGGAAAGGCAAAAUGGACCCCUUUAGAAAUUCCAGUCCCUGACACACCUGUAAAUUUAAAACAAUAUCGUUUGCCAGGAGGAUUGCAAGAAAUAGGAGAAACAGUGGAAGAGUUAUUGCGGGUAGGAAUUAUUCGACCUGCAGUUAGCCCUUUCAAUUCUCCAGUGUGGCCAGUCAGAAAACCGGAUGGUUCAUGGAGAAUGACAAUCGAUUACAGAGGUUUAAAUGCUAAAGCACUGCAAUUGACCGCUGCAGUUCCUGAUAUUGUGACCAUCAUAGAAGACAUCAUGGCUAAUGCAGGAGAGUGGCAUGCUGUCAUUGAUUUGGCUAAUGCGUUUUUCUCAAUUCCAAUUGCAACCCAAAGUCAAGAUCAGUUUGCAUUUACAUGGAAGGACAGACAGUACACCUUUCAAGUACAGCCACAGGGAUACCUACACAGCCCUACGUUGUGCCAUGGACUUGUAGCAAGAGAUCUGGCUACCUGCUCAGAUUUGGAAAAGGUACGAUGUUUCCAUUAUGUGGACGAUAUAAUGUUAACUGGGGAUGAAGCAUCAGUAACAAAGGCAUUGUCAGUUUUAAUAUCCCACAUGGAGAGCAGAGGAUGGGCUAUUAAUAAAGAUAAAAUACAAGGACCUGCCAGAGAAGUUAAAUUCCUGGGCAUGAUGUGGUUUGGACCAGAAAAACGAGUGCCCCAAAAAGUAAUUGACUCUUUGCAGAAAUUAAAGGCACCAACUAACAAAAAAGAAGCUCAAUCCUUUGUGGGUUUAAUGGGCUUUUGGAGAGCAUUUGUGCCACAUUUGGGACUAAUUUUAAGACCUAUACAUGAUGUUGUCAAGAAAAAGGCAAAGUUUGAAUGGACAGAAAAACAACAAGCUGCUUUUGAGGCAGCUAAAGAAGCUUUAGUCCAACACCAAGGACUGGGGCCUUUAAAAGCUAAUUUGCCUUUUGAACUGGAAGCCACAGAACAGAAUAAUAUUGCCACGUGGAGCCUAUGGCAGAAACACAAUCAGAAACGUGUGCCCAUCGGCUUCUGGAGUCGACAACUAACAGGCUCACAGACUAAAUAUACACCACUUGAAAAACAGCUUCUAACAGCAUACUGGGCUCUUUUACACACUGAAAGACAGACAGGUCCUGCUCCGGUAACGAUACGCACUAACUUGCCCAUUGCUGGGUGGGUUAGAGAUAAUGGCCUGGGAGCGAGAGCAGGCGCUGCCCAAAAUCAAACUAUGCAAGUGGAAAUGGUAUUUGCAGGCCAGAGCUCACUUUGCAGGCAAAGACACGAGUGCCUUACAAGGGGCUAUGGCCGGAGCUGUGAUUUAUGAGGAUCCAGAGGACAUACCACCUGUUGUGCCUGUAAUAGAGUCGCCCUUUAAAGAAGCCCCAGCAUACAGUCAUUUGACACCAGCGCAACAGGAGAACAGCUGGUUUACAGACAGGAGUGCAACUAUAGAAGGAGGUAAAAGGCUUUGGAGAGCAGUGGCUUAUCAACCUCACACUGAGACCAUCCUGAAGCAACAGGGGGAAGGGAAAUCAAGCCAAUGGGCUGAACUUAUUGCUGUCGCUAUGGCAUUAACAGAAAAUCAAAGCUUCCCUGUUGUUGUUUAUACUGACAGCUGGGCAGUUUUUCAGGGACUAACGGUGUGGAUCACCAUGUGGAAAAGGACUGCUUGGACUAUUCAUGGGAGAGAACUGUGGGGUGGCACAGAACUGUGGGAGCAGCUUUGGACAAUGGGCACAAGAGGGGAAACUCUCAUUGGUCAUGUGGAUGCCCAUGCCCCUCUGAUAUCCCCUGAGAGGCUUUAUAACCAACAAGCUGAUCUAAUAGCUGCUGUUCGAGAAAUCAACCUGGAAGAAGCCUUUGUAGCAAAUGAAGACCUGUGCACUUAUGCUGAAGUAAACGUAAUCGAGCCUUCCUUAAUUUCAUUAGCAAGGUGGGCUCAUGAAACAUCAGGACACAUGGGAACAGAAAAAACAUAUCAAUGGUGUCAUCGGCGAUGUAUACCAGUCACUAUUGAUAUUGUUAAACAAAUAGUGAACAAUUGCUCCACCUGUACAGAAGUAAAACAUUGGCCCCUACAGAAGAAGGCAUCUGAUUAUCCUCACGUGUGGAAUAAUCGGGAUAGAUGGUUUCUGGACCGGAUGGAGCCGAUGCACCCCCUAUACUAAAGUCAUUUGGGCUGCUGCUACGCCAGAAAUUGAAAGGCAUGUAACCUUGAAUUUCACCCUUACCAAGAACUGUACCUGGCAGUUACGAGACAAGACAUCUACAGCUCCAUUUCACAUGAAACUGGAACAUCCUGACUUGUUACCUUUCCCUGUGAGGACCUAUGAAGACACUGAAAUAACUGUGACUGUGCAUAAUAACGUAUCUGUCUGGAUGGCUAUGAUGAACUGUAAACCUGAUUCUAAUGGACUAUCAUGUUGGACUGUUGAAGGGGGGCAACAAAUGACUGCAAUAGCAACACCUGAAAAUGAUGUAAUAUUAUAUGUGUUUAAACAGGAAGCAACAACGAAUGUAAACGCACCAGUAAUGUUAUGGGAAAUUCAUAAGACUAGGAGAGGGAAUGGUUAUCCAAUUAAUGCAACAUUACUGAGACAAAUGAAGGGUUGUAAAAAGGCUAGGAUAGCACAUAAAAUAAUUACUGUAGCACUCAACAUUAAUGUUAGUGGGUUUGAUAUAAAACGUCACGAGUUUCCAAGAAGAGAACACAUAGUACCACGCAGUACAGGUGCAACAUAUAAUUGUAGAAACAUACAAUCCUUAUGGCCUCCUCAUAAGGUAGAAAUAAAACGAAGGCCAAAGCGAGAUAUAUGGGGAGCUAUAGGUGCUGGAUUAGGAAUAGGGGGUUUAGGUUUAGGAUCUCUUAAUACUGCUGAUAUAGCAGCAAUAUAUCACAAAAUAUCAUCUAUUGGUGUGAAACAAGCCAAUAGUUUGCAAACUUUGGCUCAUUGGGGGCCUGAGUUGGCAGACAGGCAUAUACAGGAGUUGCUAGUAUGGAAGGCUCACCAGGGGUGGUUAAAUGAGUCCUUAUGGACUGGUUUACAAAGUCAAUGGGCCAUAGAUGAAGAAUCAGUGUGCUAUUUAAAACAGAUUAUUGCCAUACAGCAGUAUUUAAAUUUUAAGACAGAUUGGGGCUUAAAAAACCCCCAACAUUGGAAAAAAGAAUUAAAAUUACCAGCAGACUGGUGGUUGCAGCCUAAGUCCUUCAUGUGUGAGGAAUCAAUAUGCCAAGCUGUAUUUCAGGUAGCAACCACUGUUGAAGAAGACAAUGUUUGGUGUCCGUUUCAUGUCUUACCUGUGUUACUAGGUGGAACAUGGUGGACACCCAUAGUAGAUAGACACUGGAUAGACCUAAAUAAUAAUACUGUUGAACCUGCCUUUUGUUAUAACUGGCAAGAAGGGUUUGUAUGUCAAAGGGUGGGUACAUUGCCACACCCCUGUUUGCAUCCUUUAGCUGGGGACUGUUAUUGGCGCCAAAUAGCAGUAAACUCUACUGAAGUGUUUCAAACUGAUACCACUUCUGCAUGUGCAGUGACAGUACAUAACAUCACUUGGAGUGAUGGUACCUACUACGAGGGCCCAGGGGUAUCCUGUCGCACCAAUGUGAGUAAUAUACGAGAUGACUAUUAUGGAAGAACCUACAUGUUAACUACAUGGGAAUAUAUACAUUGGGAAGCAGAAGCUAACCCAUCCCUGGAUUUACAUUUUGCCUACGAAAUAGAAUUACCUAAAUAUAAAGCGAUUUUAGAGCAUGCUAAACAAUAUGAACAUCUUUUUAAUGUAACGUUACAUAAAGCAAGGGACCUACUAGUAAGAUUGAAAA